AUUUGUGAAAUCUAAUCAUGUUGAUCGAGUUUUAAGAAUUAAUGAUAUGUAAAUAAUUUUUAAUGAUUUAAAAAGUUUUAGGCAGUGUUAGGUUAAAAAAUAUGCUUGCAAAAAAAAUGGCAGCAAUACCACAUCGUUGGGGUGGUGAACGCAAAAAUAGCUUUUUUUUAUCAAGUAAAAAGACAGACACAGUUGUGCGGAACAGUGAAGAUGUUGAUGUGGAGAAAUGCUUAAGGGAUAAUAAGUUGCGAAGCAGUGGAGAAAGUGGAGUUUGUAAAGAGCAAGGUGAAGAUAUCAGCAACUUUUUGCUGUUAAGUGAUGAAAUUAUCAUCAGGAUUUUUUCAUAUUUACCAAUUAAUUCUCUAACAAAAGCUGCAAGAGUUAAUAAAAGGUGGAAAACUCUCACGCAUGAUAGCGAACUUUGGCAUAGCGUAAAUCUAGAUAACUGUCGUUUUAAAAAAGAAGGAAUGCUUGGCUCUCUUCUUCAUAGAGGUGUUGCAGUGUUGCGAUUAAGCAAAGCAGAGAUACUGGCUCCAAUUUGUUACACUGAUGAGGAGGAUGAAUGUAAAGACUUUGACUUGAAAUAUUUGGACGCUUCUAUGACACAAUUUUCACAAAAUACACUCUUUGAUUUACUAAUAAAAUGUGUUUCACUUGUGAACUUAUCACUUGAGGGGUGCAAAGCUGGGGUGUUGGAAGUUGCAGCGAUUUCUAAUAACAAAAGACUUCAGGUUUUGAAUUUAUCAAUGGCAGUUGGAGUAACGCUUUCAUCUAUCAAUAUUUUAACCAAACAAUGCAGAAGAUUAGAAUCUUUGAAUUUAGCUUGGACAAAUCAAACAAGAGAUUGUAUUCGUUUUCUUUGUCGCUUAUCUGAAUUAAAAGAACUUAACCUUAGUGGUUUGAGGGGCGGUAUCAACAGAAAAGCAAUGGAAUGUUUGGUUAUGGCUUGUAAAAAGCUAAGAGCUCUUGAUCUGAGUGAUGUGACGCUUCAGAUUGGGAUAAUGAAGUUGAUUGCGGACAACUGUAUAUUGCUAGAGGAGCUUUCGAUAAGCAGAUGUUCUGAUGUAAAGCCAGAACAGUUGCUUGAGUUGACAACUUUAGAUAGUUUGUGCCAGUUAAACUUAUUUGGUUUUGUAAAUUCUGCCGCGCUGGAAAGAUUUGCAAAUUUGCGAUCAGAUGUUGCGAUUAACAAAAGCUCUUUUUCACCGAUUGCUCGACCUAUAUGUACGACUUCAUACGAAGGAAAAAUUUGGGAGGAAUAUGCUGGUUUUAUUAUCUGAUUUUUAAAAACUCUAUUCCUCUUGAGUUUUUUUAGAUUAUAUUUAUAACAAAUA